AUGGAGAUGGCCAACCGUCCGAUCCGAUGGGAGGCGAGAGUGGGUGAUUGGCGGCGGCGGCGAUGCAUGCCAGGCGCAGUCGACGGCAAAGGCAGUGGAGAGUGUCGGCGUCGGGAUCAUGGCUUGGUUGGGGAUGCCAUUGUGCGCCACGAGAUGAGCAAUGACCAGCGGAAGGAAGAGGCCAGGAUCGGCGCCGACGUGUAA